AUGAGUGGAAGUGUCCUUAUUGCCCUUGGAUCCGAAGGUGAUGACGACCUGGUGGUUAUACGACCGAGAUUUCAUAGGGGAGCGGAAGAGCAACAGUUGGCCGUAGGAUUCAGUUGGGGGAACGUAUCUGAUCAAUUACAUGUGUACGGUGAUGGAAAUAUGAUGAUUCUUAGAUCAGAUGAUGUCGACGAUACGAGUAAAAGGAGAAGGAUGUUAGAAAUUGUAGAACUGUGGGGGUUGAGCUCAAAUGGUAUGUCUUGGGAAUUCAUAUCAAUGGUACCAAGUGGGCUAAUUGGGAGGAUUAAGAAGCCUUAUGGGGUUAUAAUUGGGUGUAUAGAGGAAAGGCAAGGAACAGUUAGGGCUGUCUUGAUGUCCAACUUUGAAGGCAUUUGGGACAUAAUUUGGCUAUGCUAUGAUAUAAAGAGAAAGCAUUGGACUUGGGUCCCACUCCCUGAUUGCAAGAAGAGGGGUUUGAACAUGGCUGGCAUUGCCUUCUCUUCUGGCCUCACCUUGUCUUGA